CGAAAAUAACCGGCCACUUUAUUCCUACGAUCCUCUCCUGGACUAUCCUCCCUUGACCCAAACAACAACCGUCGCACGAGGGUACGAUACCGCUCUCGAAGAGCCAUGCCAAAGCGAAUUUCUCCGCUUCAUGGCUGUGGCGCAACUCGUCGGAGCCGACUUCCUCUUUGUCCAUUGGAAGGAGUACGCUCUGUCCGGAUUGGGCGAAGGCGCUACUGGACGCAUCUAUCAGUCACCUCUAUCGUCCAAGAUGGGUUUCGCAUUCAAGACCUUCCGAAAGUCCAGUGAUCCUUCUCUCGAGGCUGAAACUUAUAAAGCUCUAGUCGCUGAAAUGCUCGUUUUGUGUCACCCAGGUGUCAGGGAACAUCAGAAUAUUGUCGGCUUUUACGGAGUCUCCUUUGAUGUGAUCACUUUCGACCUGGGUGGUGCAACGCAUAGACGCCUUUGGCCGGUCCUGGUACUAGAGAAAUCAUCUCAUGGUGAUUUAGCAACAUUUUUCAAAGACCACAGUAUGUCCUUGCAGGACGCCAUGCUCGUAGCUGAGCGAAUCGGGGCUGCCGUCCAGGAAAUGCACUUGGCCGACAUCAUACACGGGGAUAUUAAGCCUGAAAACGUCCUAAUCCACGUAGAAUCAUCUAGCUCUGCUCUGGUGCCCAAAGUCACAGACUUUGGCUUCUCAUGCUAUGGGUGUGAUGAAGAAUCGACUGUAUAUCCACCACGAACCCCUGGCUGGUGCGCUCCCGAAUGGCAUCCCAGAGGUUUUUCUUUCAAAGAUGCGAAGAAGAUGGACGUCUAUUCAUAUGGGUUGCUCUGUGCUUGGAUCUGCCUACAAGGAAAAGUUGACCCAUCGGAAAUAGCUUCGAAAAGUGUAGAUGAGCUCCUAAAGCAAAUCGCAGACAUCCAUAGCGACGUGAUUAUUCGAAAGCCGGCUCUCAACGAGAUUCUAGGUCGCCUUCGCGGAAUAUUCGACAGAUCAUUAGCACGUGAUGCCCGGGAGCGGGAUGGUCACAUUCAGAAUGUGCUAGAGGAAUUUAGGAACCCUUUUCUAUCGUCUGCUGAGUAAGUAGGAAAUGCUUAUCUACUACAUAAAUGCCGUCUGACCAGGUGCGAGGAGACCCCGAGACUGGACCCAUUCUAGCUUAAAGGACCGGAAGACUGUCCCUCAGGUUCCCUUCGUAAGAAUCACAGCACUUGAGCCACAUUGAAAACAACCAUCACUUACACUGGAGCAGAUCUCCGAUGAC